AUUGAACCUUUCACACUACUCGGAGUUUGUGCCGGGCUUAUUCCUUAUCCGCAUCAUAACCAAUCCCCCAGAAACACAUAUCAAUGCGCUAUGGGUAAACAAGGUAUGUUUACACAAGGAUGCAUACAUAGAUGUAAUUUGACUUUCGGCUUUAGCUAUGGGAACAAUUGGUUACAAUCAGCAAAAACGUAUCGACUCGAUCAUGUAUCUACUCUGUUAUCCACAACGACCUCUUGUAAAAUCAAAGGUAUGCGAAUUAUGGAAUUUUUUAUUGCCUUCCUUUACUAUCGUAUUUCGUUAUACGUGUACAUGAUCAAGAUUAUUGAUACCAUCGAGUUAAUCAACUUCGAAAAACUUCCCGCGGGUGCUAAUGGUAUUAUUGCUGUUAUGUCUUACAGUGGCUAUGAUAUCGAGGAUGCUUUAGUACUCAACAAAGCAUCUCUGGACAGAGGGUAUGGAAGAUGUCUCGUAUACAAACACGCGAAAGGGACUGCGAGAAAAUAUCCAAAUCAAACCUAUGACAGGCUGAUGGGACCAUCUUUAGAUCCGCUGACACGCAAGCCAAUUUACAAGCAUAGGGUUUUAGAUCAAGAAGGAAUAGUUUUUGCUGGCGCCCGUAUCUAUUCAAAACAAACAAUGAUCAACAAACACAUGCCUGUUAUAUCUCAAGAAAGUUCUUCACCAACUACUCAGCCCACAGCACCUGGAUCCCGUUCAAUUGAAUACAAAGAUGUCUCCAUAACCUAUAAGAAUCCUCUACCGUCAUAUGCUGAAAGAGUACUUCUAACAUAUAACGAUGAGGAAGCACAUCUUAUAAAGAUUCUCCUCAGGCAAACAAGGCGCCCCGAAUUAGGUGAUAAGUUCUCGUCCAGGCAUGGGCAAAAGGGGGUUUGCGGCCUGAUCGCUGCCCAGGAGGAUAUGCCUUUCAAUGAUCUUGGCAUGGUGCCGGAUAUGAUUAUGAACCCCCAUGGUUACCCUUCGCGAAUGACAGUGGGAAAGCUCAUGGAGCUUUUGAGUAGCAAAAAUGCUGUUUUAAGUGGGCGUUAUCAUUACGGAACUGCUUUCGGAGGCGACCAGGUCAUCGAUGUAUGCAACGAGCUAGCCUCGCGUGGAUACAACUACCUGGGCAAAGAUAUGCUAACAAGUGGAAUCACUGGCCAACAGCUUUCUGCCUACAUCUAUUUUGGACCGAUAUAUUACCAGAAAUUGAAGCAUAUGGUGCAUGACAAAAUGCACGCGAGGGCAAGAGGACCAAGGGCUGUGUUGACUCGGCAACCAACAGAAGGACGAUCUCGUGAAGGAGGACUUCGUUUGGGUGAAAUGGAAAGGGACUGUCUUAUUGCUUAUGGAGCAUCGAUGCUGCUUAUGGAGCGUUUAAUGGUUUCUUCUGACGAGUUCAAGGCAAGCGCUGCUGUUGAAGUCUGUUCAGAAUGUGGUCUGAUCGGAUAUCAGGGAUGGUGUCAGAACUGUCGAUCCAGCAAAUCAUUGGCGAACAUAAAGAUACCCUAUGCUUGCAAGCUCUUGUUCCAAGAACUACAGUCCAUGAAUAUUGUCCCUAGACUAGAUUUGGCUAGAUAUACGUAA